CUUUACGUUGUUUUGUCUAUAAGCGUGUGCAUCAGCUAAACACAUACAUUCAUCUAGCAUAGCUUUUUCAAAGUCUCCACUACUUGUUAUACUUGUAGUUUCAGGAAAAUACAUUUAAAAUCGAAAACUUGAUACCCGCACAACCAUGUCACUCUACGACGACUUGGGCGUCGCGAGUGACGCCAAGACCGAGGGCUGGUCUAAGAACUUCAAACUGCUCCAGUCGCAGCUGAAGGUGAAGAAGGCUGCUCUGACUCAGGCGAAGACCCAGCGGAUGAAGCAGACUACAGUCCUUGCUCCCGUCAUCGACCUGAAGAGGGGCGGAUCUAGUGAAGACAGACAGAUCCUAGACACAUCCCCACACAUUGCUGCAGGGCUUAAGGAAGCGGUGCCUUCAGGCUUCUCCUCAGGGGACGUCCUGAUCCCUCUGGCUGAUGAGUACGACCCCAUGUUCCCCAACGACUACGAGAAGGUGGUGAAGAGACACCGCGAGGAACGGCAGAAGCAGAGGGAGCACGAGCGGCUGAAGGAGAUCGAGGAGAGGGAAAAGAAGAGGAAGGACCGUCACGAGGGCAGCGUCCCCAGCGGGUUCUCCCGCUUCCCCGCGGCGGAGGGAGAAUCGGACGAAGAGGAGGACUACGAGAAGGAGAGGAGGAAAAGAGCUCUGGGUGGAGCUGCCAUCGCCCCGCCCUCCUCCCUUGUGGACAGAGACGUCGCUUUCUCUUCGUCAUUCCCCUAUGAAGAGGAGGGGCGACCCCCCCGGGGUUCCAAGGCAGCCAUCCCACCCCCCAUGUACGAAGACUCAGAGCGGCCCCGCUCCCCUCCCGGCCCUACCAACACAUUCCUGGCCAACAUGGGAGGGACGGUGGCCCAUAAGAUCAUGCAGAAGUAUGGCUUCAGAGAGGGCCAGGGCCUGGGCAAGCAUGAGCAGGGCCUGAGCACGGCCCUGUCAGUGGAGAAGACCAGCAAGAGGGGCGGCAAGAUCAUCAUAGGAGACGCUGCAGAGAAACCAGGAUCCAGUCAGCCUGCAGCAGCUGAGCCUUCAGCCCAGGGCUCGGGGCCUCCAGCUGACUCCUCCAAGAAGUCAGAUGCCAACCCCCUCACUGAGAUCCUCAAGUGUCCCACCAAAGUCGUGCUGCUGCGGAACAUGGUGGGCAGAGGCGAGGUGGAUGAGGACCUGGAAGGCGAGACCAAAGAGGAGUGUGAGAAAUACGGCAAAGUCACCAAGUGUGUCAUAUUUGAGAUUGCACUUGUGACCGACGACGAAGCGGUGAGGAUAUUCCUGGAGUUUGAGAGGGUGGAGUCAGCCAUCAAAGCCGUGGUGGAUCUUAACGGCCGGUACUUUGGAGGGCGCGUGGUGAAGGCCUGCUUCUACAACCUGGAUAAGUUCAGGGUUCUAGACCUGGGGGAGCAGGUGUGAGCCAGACUCAACAGAACCGGCCCCACCUCAAUCAGCACCCACUUCUCACCAGCAGGAACCGGCUGUCGGAUUCAUGGACACAUGCACACAUCCUCAUCAGACCUCUGUAUAUAGGCCAAACUCUAUUCUCCGAACUUACAGUGUCUAAGUAUAGCGAGUAGUCCUACAAGUAGGUUGUUUUGUUUUGCGUGAAGAGGAAAUCACUGUGGCUGAACAGAAACGACGACCUGGAAAUGAAUGAAUUCCACUCACCAUGAGGCCCUUGAUAUCUGUGUCUUAAUACAUUUUCAUCUUGUAAAAAUGAAACCUGAAAAUUAAAUGUCUCGUUUUAAAUGAAA